AUGCCUGACACCACCCUCAUCUUUUCAGAUGAAAAUGAAAUGGAUAUGACAGCUAGUCACACUGCAGUGAUUACACGUAACCUGAAAAACAAUCAAGCUGACAAAACUGAGAAAAUAGAUAUCACGUCGUUUCUGGCUAGGUUAAACUGUAAUAAUGAACAGGCAGAAAUGAGCAAAGAAUUUCGUUUUUUCUCUGACCCUACAAACCAUUCGUGCCCAUCUUUUGAACAGAAGGAAGAUGCUACUACUGGAAAAAAAAUAAAUUUCAAUGAAUUUUUGAUGAGCUUGAAGUCAAAUGAAAAGGCACACAAUCCUGUUGAGGGACCUGAGAAAGAGAAUGUUUUUUUUGUCCCUUCACAAGUCUCAGAAGACAUGGCACGAUCGUCUGUGGAAUUUGUAUAUUCCAGUGAGCCACUGGACACCUGCAAUGUAACAAAAGUCUUUAGAGGGCAAGACGAUGGAAUGGAAAUGACAAAAUGCCAGGCAUCUGAUGUUAAAGCUAUGUUUUCUGGUCUUUGUGAAGCUCCACCAGAGCAAUUACUGUGUGCGGAUGUUACUGAGGCAUUUGUAGAUGAUGGAAUGGAUAUAACGACUAGCCACACUGCAAAAAUGUCUUUUCCCUUCUCCAGUGUUGGGAAUCAAAGUGUAAACUCCAAAAAGGAUUUCCCAUCCACAGAUCAAAAAGUUGUUACAUCACAAGCUUGGGGAAAAAAACUUCUAAAUGCCUCAGUCUCCUGCACAAAUGACAAAAUGGGCAUGUUUUCAGAUCAUCAAACCACGGACAUCACCAAAACUCAUCCUGCUGCCUUUGAUGUUGCUUCCAUUACUACAGUAUGCGAAUAUGAGAAUAACCAUAAUCAAGAAAAAUCAGUUGUGUUUCCUUCUGGUGAAAACAUGGACUUGACUGGAAACUAUACAGUAAUGGCUUCUGAUUACAACAUCAAUGCUGCUUUAUCAGAAAGAAAAGCAAUACCGGGAUACCUCGUUCAAGAUGGAAAUAAAACAAUGUCCUUAAAAAAAGGGGUCAUGAUGACAAAUAGUCAGGAGCAGCCUGCACGCGAUGUGUACUACUUGGUAUCUGACAAGAAAAUAUUAACUGUGACUGGUUUAAAACAUUCGCCUUUUGCAGGUAACAGCAAGUCUAGUAGGCAGAACUUCAGCCCUUCUCGUUUUAUAGCAGAAGAAUUUCUUCCUGUCUGCCUAGAAGAAAUGGAUUCAAAUGAAUCUGUAAGCUCUGAACUCGUGGAAAAUGCCUGUAACGAGAUAAACAAAAAACAAAUCUCCCACAAUGAAAAGAAUGAAUUUGAAGAGGCAAAAACUUGUAACAACACGAAAAGGGCUUUGGAACAAGAUAAGGAGGAUCUUCAAAGUCCAAAGAAGGUCAAGAGGGAUGAAAACUUGGAAGGAGAGGCCUCCCAGGACUUGCAGGUUACUUUUGGCGCUGUGUCUCAAAGCCAAGUAGAAGUUCAUGAAGGUGAAGAUCCUCCAAACCUACCGGCUAAAAGCCCUGACUGUACUCACGCCAGCACCAGCAGCUCUUCGGAUUCUGCUAAAGCUGACACAGAAUUAACAAUUCAGCGAAGCAGUCAGAUGGAGUCUCUGCUGCUCACAGAUAGCAUUUGUGAAGAUAACUUACGGGAGAAAUUUCAGAGUGGUGUUAUCACAGUUGGGGAGUUUCUUACACUUCUUCAAGUACACAUUCCGAUUCAGAAGCCCCGGCAUAGCCAUGUUCCAGCCAAUUGUGCAGUCAGUACACCACCUACUCCAGAAGACCUCCUUUACAGCCAAUAUAUUUAUCGCCCCAAGCUGCGUAUUUAUGAAGAAGACUGCCAGGCUCUCUCUCAGAUGAUAGAUGAGUUAAAACUGUAUGCAGACGUCCAAGAUCAGCUCCUGGUGAAUGUGAAUAAGAGUUUGUGGGAAGUAAUGAGAACCUGCUCUGAUGAAGAGCUGAAGAGCUUUGGAGCAGAAUUGAACAAAAUGAAAUCCUAUUUCGUCAAGGAGAGUAAAAUCUUGGCUCACAAUGAGAAAGCGGCAUUGUACAGCAAAUUGCUGCAGAGCGCGCAGGAACAACAUGGAAAGCUACAGUCAAGAAUGGAGAAGCUGGAUGAAUUGAUCAAGGAGGCUGAGAGCUGUCUUGUUGCUCUGGAAGAUGAUUCUGACUGGGAAGAAUGGGAAGCAGACUGCAGUGAUGAAAUGGCAGAAGGGAAAAGCCAAGGGAAAGAAUUUAAAAGCCUCAAAGCCCAAGAAGAGGAUCUUCAAAGAGAGCUGUCAGACCUGGAGGCUGAGAAUGAGCAAAUGCUUGCUCAGAUGAAACAGCUACAGGAAGAAGAAAAAAGCUGCCAGGAGCUCCUGGAGACAUACGACUUCACUGAGUGGGAGAUUACUGAAUGGAGUGAACAGCAGGCAGUCUUUAAUUUUCUUUAUGAUGCUAUUGAACUCACAAUUGUGUUUGGACCCCCACUAGAUGGUGAUGAUUUUGGUGAAGAUCCUUCCAGACAGAUAGUCAGCCUGAACUUUGAAUCUCUCUUGGAUGAGGAAAAAGCUCCACCCUCCUCAUCUUUAGUCCAAAGACUCAUCUUCCAGUUUAUUGAAAGUCAAGGAUGCUGGCAGGAAAAGUGUCCCACACUGUACUACUUGCCCCAGGUUCUUCAUGAUGUCUCUUUGGUGGUGAGUCGUUGCAAGAUCUUAGGAGAGGAGAUUGAAUUUCUGGAGAGAUGGGGUGGAAAAUUUAAUCUUCUGAAGACAGAGGUCGAUGAUACAAAAGUGAAGCUUUUGUUCUCCGCUUCCGCAGCUUUUGCCAAGUUUGAAUUGACGCUGUCUCUGUCUGCCGACUACCCAUCUGCUUCACUGCCUUUUACUGUCCAAAAACAAAUUGGGAAUAUUGGGGAGGAGGAAAUUUCUGCCGUUCUCUCCAGUGUACCAAUUGGUUACCACUAUCUGCGCAGAAUAGUCAGCUUGAUUCAUCAGAAUUUGCUCCAGGCUCCCAGAUGA